UUUGUUUUCUUUCAUCUUUCAUCUUCUCAUCUCUCCACGUUUUUCUUUUCUUAUUUCUUGGAUCCGGGCUGUUCCUUUACUCCCUUGUGAUCGCCUAUUAUAAAAAAAAAAAAAAUCGAUAAAAAAGAAAAAAAAAAGUUUUGGCUUGAAUCACCUUCUGAAGAGAAAUCCAGGGGGAGUAGUGGAAGAGAAAUCCUGCUGGCUGAAGAGAAACCCAGCCUUAGGACAGUUAAGGCGGAUCCAUUUCAAAAAUCUCUUCAUCUUUCUUUCUCUUUUCUUUUUCCCACAAAAGUUUGUUUUGGGUUUUGAUUGCUGAAUGUUGACUGCCUAUCAUCCUUUGAACCAGUGGAAAGAACUCUGAGUGACCAUCUAAAAAUCGUGAGCUAAACACUUGAGAGUGUGAGGAUUUUUAUUUGCUAACUUUGUUAAGUGUUUUCAGGAUGUUUGGACUUCUCAAGAAAUCAAAACCACAACAAGACGUCUACUUUCCUUUUAAAACUGUUUUUGAAAAGGAGCAAUUGAUUUUUGAUAAGAAACAGUUUGCUUCUAAUGAGUUUGACUUUGUGCAGAAACAAAAGAAGAGACAAAACAGGUGUGAUGAUGAGAAGUGGGUCAAAAGUCGUGAUCGCCCCUUCACCAAAGCCAAGAGAAGCAACUGUGAUGUGCCUGAUCAGAAUGAGCUUCAGACUUAUGCCAGCUUGGAAAAGAUGUUGCAUAAGGCGAUUCAUGUUGUCCGGCAACUCAAAAAGAAGGGAAACAGCAACACUUCUUCUGCACCAAAACAACAAAAUUUGAGGACAAAUCUUUUUGAAGAGGAAGAGAAUGAUGUGCCGCAGACCACGGAUCAUUACAUGGAACCAGCUCAGCAUGGAGUUCAGGACGUUCUGAACAUUUCAACCGAGGUUCAUGUUUUUCACCGUGCCAUACUUGACUUGGGUCGAGCCAGACUUAGCUUGGGUGGUGAAAAAACCAAAGACGGACAUGCAUUCUCAUCCGGCGGACCAUCCGGACAGUCCCGCAAGCGUCCUUAUCUUUACCCCGUGCAUCCAUCUGGUUCGGAUGAAUCUAGACAUCUUGACUGGUCUUCUCCGUUUUCCGUGCCUUGACCAGAUCUAGUCUUCUCUAUUUUCCGUGCCUUGACUAGAUCUAGUCAAAUUUAUAUUUCCUAUGCAUUGUUUUCCCACAUUUUCUUUUAUUGUCUUUGACUACAAAACACUAUAAAUAUGUAGUCCCAUUGAUGAAUAAAAUCAGUUCAUUUUGGUUGUUUAUUUCGUUUCUUCU